CAAUGCACUGUACAUUUAUACAUUUCCGAAAGAAGGUCAACCAGCUUUUCUAAUUUAUUCUGCCCUAGUUUGAGUCACGGAAUAUCAAUAUUUUGGUCGAUUUCCUUGCCUUUUUAUUCCAGCGUAAGCGAAUACUUCAGUAAGAUGCUAGCUGGUUAGAGCUACAACUGUUGUGAGCUUGUCUUGUAGCUUUACUUGCAAGUUGGAGCUCGAGCUAGCCAGCGUGCACACACGCCAAACCUGACAUCCCGAACAAAUUUCAGUAUGGAAGAAGAGGUUUUCAGCGACAUCGAUGGGAAAAUCAUAUCUCUUGACUGCCAAAGCCACUCAAGCUUUUGUAGGGAAUUCACAAUCAGCGCGGCCAAAGUGUCCAUAGGCAAAAUAAUGGUGUACACCUGCGCCGUUUGGCUCUUUGCUUACGCCGUUUUUUUCUUCACAGAGAAUACUGCUGUUUUGUCCAGUGCCAUAGUGGUCACACUAGUUGGAAUGAUGGUUCACAUCCAUUUUGUGAAAAUUGACCACGAGACCUUACUCAUCAUCGGCUCCUUGGGUGUCCAAGUGUCUUCCAGCUAUGCUUCUGGCCGAGAGAGCACCACCUUCAUAGAGAUGAGCAAAAUCAAAGACAUAGUUAUCAAUGAAGCAGUUCACAUGCAAAGCAUCAUCUAUUACCUGUGCAUCCUUCUCAAGGAUUCCUCCAACCCUGAAGCUGUGUCUAGUGUGGUGCCAUUGUUUCAGAGUUCAAAGCCACGACUGAACUGCCUGGUGAAAGUAUACAAGAGCUGUCAGGAGAUUCUUGCCUGUCCUGAUAGUCUUGACAACAAAGCUGCUUAACUGCCAUUGUUUCAAGUCAUGCUACAUAUUUGAAAUGUUUUUUUUCUUCCAUGUUGCCAUUUUCACUGCACAAAAAGAAAUGCAUUUGUUUAUACAAGUUUGUUUUUAAAUUUAUGGAUGACAUUUUCCUUGAAUGGGAAUUAUUUAAAACAAUAGUUGUAACUUAUUGCCAACAUUCAUUGUAGACUAUGCCUAUAAGAAGCUGUCCAAUAAGAUACAUGCUGUAGACAAGGACUGUCCAACUAUAAACUAUACUGCUAUUUAAGGGCUUAGCCCGAUUAUUUUGCUAGGUCUUAUUGUGUAUAACAUUUUGUACUCAUUUAAUACUGUAUGGAAAGUGGAUGAUAUUAUUCAUCCAAAUCAUUUAAUGGAUUUCACCAUUUGAGAUGAAGAUUGUUUCAUCCAUCCCUAUCCAUUAAUUUAAUAAACUGCUCUAAACCCUUA